AUGCCCAGCACUCGGAACGAGAAGUUGAUUCUCAGCCUUCAGAAUGGUUUGGAGACCCUAAACCAGUUCCGCCUGAUAACAAAGUUCAUCUCAUCACCCCUUUUCCCGGCUACCGGCCGAGAUCCGCCUGACGGCGCGUGGAUCAACGGAUUCCCCCCGCUCAUCAGCGCCGUCUGCCGGGAGUCGCGCUCGAUCGUGCUCGAGAGUGGCCGCUUCCCGGAACGAUUCGCCCCCGACGGGGAAGAAGGGCCCGGCUGGCGGGCCAGCACCUCGUAUGUGACCUCGUGGCUCGAUCCCGCUCGGGACCGCGUGCAUCUGAACUGGACCCCGGCCUACGCGGCGGACUUCUGCAAUAACUCCGACGACGAUGGCUCGCCCCUGGAGUACCUCGCCUGGCGGGCGGCUCAGCUCACCACUUCCUCGCCUGCAAAGACUGGUCGCGCGUCCUUCAUGGAUGACUGGCUCUACGUCUCCGACAACGCCACUCCGCCCCCGGUCCUGCGGGAGAUCCUCUCGCGCUUUGCGUGCUGGCAGGUCAUCGUGCGGGGGAUGGCCAUCCACGCGGACCGUCGGACCGGGGCCGAGUCCGGCCUGUUCGGGCUGCUGGGCGACGCCCCUGUGCAGAUUGUGGAUGUGAGUGACCACGGCCGUGUCGAGGCGUAUUGGCGGCUGGCGGAGGCCCAGAGGCGGUACGAUCCGCAUGAGCAGGAUUUCGAAAGGGUCGAGGCUGAGGCUGUCGACCGGGAGGUGCAGGCGCAGGUGAAGAAAAUAUGCGGAGACGAGACGCUCCCGGCGAUCGAAAAUUGCGAGACGGAGAAUCAGCCAGAGACCUCCAAAGACUUCCUGUCACAGUUCAAGGAAGCCCGCGAACGAUAUGCGGACACACUAGGCCCAUCUGGGCAUAUGAACCCUCUGGACGCCUGUGUGAAGGAAGCCCUGCGUUUGCACCCCCCGUUCUGUCUGCCGUUCGAGCGGAUCGUCCCCUCAACGGGCAUGACUGUCUCUGGUCGCUAUCUUCCUCUCGGGACGACUGUUGGUAUGCGCCCAUGGGUGAUCAAUCGGAAUAGUGAGGUGUUUGGUGAGGAUGCCGAUAUGUGGCGGCCGGAGAGGUGGUUGUCUGAUGCUCACAGCCACGCCAUCAUGGAGAAGAAUAUGCACAGUUUCGGGGCAGGACGAUGUACCAUGUAA